AUGAAAUCAAGAAGUCGUUCUCGUAGCAGAAACAAGCGUGAUACUAAAAGAAGUAAUCGAGAAACUAGCUCCGAGUCAAGUUCUUCUACCAGUGAUAGUAGUACUAAUAGCCGUAGCAGCAGCGCCAGUAACCACAAUGCAAGACACAAACGUAGCAAUAGUGUUGAAUCUAAGCGGAGAAACACAGAGAAAUUAUCCAACAGAAGACGUUCGCGGUCUCCCAAACGCAAUGAACUCGUUUCAAAGGAUCGUCGAGAUGAAUCCUCGCUAAAGAAUCACCAUACAGACCGAAGACGACAGUCAAGAACUCCAGAACGCAAACGAAGAGAUUCCCGCAAUUAUGAGGAAGAUCAUCGUAAUCGGCGGUCACCUAGUCCUCGUGAACGAAGAAGGGAUGGAAGACAGAAUGAAAGGAAUCACCGUGGUGAGGAUUCACGUACUACUCACAACUCAAGGGAUGAACGUCGCCGUCACAGAUCUCGUAGCCCUCGUGAACGAGGAGACAGAUCCGUUGAGCGCUCCCGGCGACCGGAUGAACGCAGUACCACGCGUCGCAAUGGAAACGAUCGUGCCGGAAAUUCCCAUCAUCGAUCACGCAGCCCGCGUGAUCGAACAGGUACCUCCAGAAAUGAUCGUAAAGAACGUUCCGAUGAAGAACGCAACGAUUAUGGCAAUCGAGGUCAACAGAACCGUUGGAUGCACGAUAUGUAUGAGACACACGAUUCACAGCGCAAUGUCGAUCGUAGCUUCCGGAGAUCGAACCGUGACACGAUGGACGAAGAUUUUAUGCAGUCCCGACGUUUGCAAAGAGAGAUCAUCGGUACCGAGGGAGCACCUGAUGCAUGGGGUGAUUCCCCGUCCGAAGGUAAUAGUUCGGACGAAGAAUUGGAACCGUCGAAGGGUACCUCUAAGCACAAGAAAGCCAAAACGAAAGGAAAGGAAAAGAAAAAAUCUUCCAAACAUCGUUCAAAGAAGGAUAAAAAAAAGAAAAAAUCGUCGAAAAAGUCCAAAAAGUCCAAGAGCUCUAAGAAAAAGAAGCAAAAAGCAAAAAAGGUGGAAUCAUCUUCAUCUUCCGAGCCUUCGUCAUCUUCUGAAUCGACUUCCUCCGGCGAUGAGGAAGAGGUAUGGGUAGAAAAGUCGGAAGCAUUGGGAAGGACAAGCGCGAAAGAUACCGGAUCCGGAACACUAGCAGCAACCUCACAGACCCGUUCUGCCGAGGAAGAUGGAGACAACGUGGUGGGUCCGGUGAAAACGAGCGGUAAUCUGAGCCAAAAAGAUUUCGGUAGAGCUUUGCUACCAGGUGAAGGUGCUGCCAUGGCAGCUUACGUCACUGAAGGCAAGCGAAUCCCACGUCGUGGUGAGAUCGGAUUAACUUCCGAUGAAAUUGCCAACUUUGAGCAGGUCGGGUACGUGAUGAGCGGCAGUCGGCAUCGACGCAUGGAGGCUGUGCGUAUACGUAAGGAAAAUCAGAUCUAUUCGGCAGACGAAAAGCGUGCAUUAGCCAUGUUCAGUAAGGAGGAAAGGCAGAAGCGCGAAAACAAAAUUUUGACACAGUUCAAGGAGAUGAUCAGCGCCAAGUUGUCAGAGAACAAAAAAUGA